CGUAAUAUAUAAAAUAAGGGGCGAAGGAAAUCAAAGCUCAAAGGAGAGAAACAAGGAGAGGGGAAGAGCGGAAAAAAUGGGGUGUUUCUCUUGCUUCGACCGAGGAAACAAAGAACAGCGAAAGGAGCAUGAAAGAUUGGCCUCCGCCGAAGCUCGUGCCAAAGCCGUCGAGGCUGCUCAGAAAAGGCAAGAGCAGUUCGAACAGUCAGCUGCGGGAAGAGCUGCACGUGCACAGGUACAAGGGGCUGCAAAGCAAUCAGCAAAUUCUAAUAAAGGCGAACCUGUUUUGAAGUGGCAAAUGGGUUGAAGUUGAAGUUUUGCUUAGUCUCUGUUCAGCCAAAACUGCUCAUGUACAUAACGGUAAAU